AUAUAAAAAUGCUGAAUUUGCUUCGGUUUGUCAUAGUUGUACUUCCUCCUUGGUUGAAGCUUUAACUUAAAGAACAAUGUUCAAAUUUGCUUUACUCUUAGUGGUAGCACUAGUUGCUGGAGUAAAUUCCCAUGGACGUUUAAUGAGGCCACCAAGCCGAUCGUCGGUGUGGAGAGUCCCAGAGUUCCAAUCAUUAAAUCCACCACCGAACUGGAAUGAUAAUGAGCUAUUUUGCGGAGCUAGACAUCAAGCAGUUAAUCCCGGCACCGAUUGUGGAGUUUGCGGAGAUCCGAUCAAUGCAGCAACACCACGACCAAACGAAAUGGGAGGACAAUUCUACAGAGGAAUCAUUACUGGACGUUAUACCGCCGGACAAAUCAUUGAUAUCGAUAUUGAUAUGACUCAAUACCAUAGAGGUUUCAUGGAAUUCAGAUUGUGUACCACACCUGGAAAUGGAGCCGGUGAAACUCAAGCAUGCUUCAACCAAAAUCUUUUGCAAAGAGCUGAUGGUGGUGGUAGCCGAACUGAAGUCACUCGCACUGGAUGGUAUCAUAUGCGAUACCGUUUACCAGCUAAUGUGCGAUGUGCCCGUUGCGUACUUCAAUGGAAUUACAGAGCCGGUAACAACUGGGGUCAGUGUCCAGAUGGCAGUGGAGCUCUUGGAUGUGGACCACAAGAGACUUUCCGAGGUUGCUCGGAUGUUACAAUCAAUUAAAUAGCAAAAAACUGAAAUCCUUCCACUAUGUUUUGAUUAAGUUGCAUAAAUAAAUUUUGUAGAAUAGCAAAA